CACGUUUUCCUCGGUGUCGAGCUGAGAGCAGCCGACUGGUGGCCACAAAGUUUCCCCACUAUCGUCUACCUUCAAGAAGACCUGAAUGGGAGUGGCCAAGCGUUAGUUAUCCCAGUGGCGAGUGGUUCAGAAGACUAGUCAGGAUCAGAGAACCGACCUGUCCAGGUCUAGCCCAACCGUAGAAGAACUAUAGUGGUGUCUGGUUGAUCCUGAUCGACGGUGAGGAUACGUACGAACUCGGAUUUUGAGUGAUAGUUCGUCAGCUCCAGCAAAACUGGAGGUUCAGUGGGAUACACUGUGUUCGUUCGAUUGCCAUGUGAUACAGUUUUUAAUUUUUGUGAAUGCUGCUGCGCAGCCAGGAACAGUGGAGGGAGAAAUUUUGUUGGGUUUCAUGAGAGGAGGCGCAACCGCGCUGAGAUGACGGUGACAACAAACUUUUCAAUGAUGCGACCUUGUUUUACUGGAUACCCUUUUCAAGAUUUGGGAUCGAUACCAGGUCAAGGACGCGUUAACCAACUUGGCGGUGUCUUCAUAAAUGGGAGACCUUUACCAAAUCAUAUCCGACUAAAAAUUGUGGAAAUGGCUGCAGCUGGGGUCAGACCCUGUGUGAUUUCGAGACAGCUAAGAGUAUCUCAUGGGUGUGUUUCGAAAAUUUUGAACCGCUACCAAGAAACCGGAAGCAUCAGGCCUGGCGUGAUUGGCGGCAGCAAACCUAGAGUAGCUACACCAGAAGUAGAGAGUAGAAUCGAAGAGUACAAACGUGAUAAUCCGGGAAUAUUCUCGUGGGAGAUACGCGACAGAUUGAUAAAGGAAGGAAUUUGCGACCGAACUAGCGCUCCAAGUGUCUCGGCGAUCUCAAGACUAUUGCGUGGUCGCGACCCCGAGGAUGAAACUAAACUUGGCGACCGUGAUGGUAAAACGAGUUCCGGGUCUGAUUGUGAGAGCGAGCCAGGAAUUCCUCUAAAAAGAAAACAACGCAGGAGCAGGACGACCUUCACAGCUCAUCAAUUAGACGAACUAGAGCGGGCGUUCGAACGAACACAAUAUCCAGACAUUUAUACCAGAGAAGAAUUAGCUCAGAGAACAAAAUUAACUGAAGCCAGAAUUCAAGUUUGGUUCAGCAAUAGAAGGGCCAGGUUGAGGAAGCAGCUAUCUUCAACUUCUGGUGGUUACGUCAGUUCAGUCGCAUAUCCUGCAGCAUCUUAUGUUUUACAUCCGCCUGCUGCGCCUCAUCCACACGCUGCAACUGCUGUUCCACCGGGUCAUCCCCAUCCUCAUUCUCAUGGGCAAACUUUACCUGAUAGCACAUUCUCGUCGAGUCAAGUUCCAGAGCUUUAUUCUUCUCACCAUAGCACUAUGUCUCAUCAAUUAACUUCGGAUUCAACUCGUCUGUCUUCAUCUGUCGGAUCCACACCGGCUUACGGUCUUCCAGCAUCGGUAACUUAUCCCAGCUCGCUGUUACCAGCAACAUCGUCAACCAGCAGCACUCACAUGAGCCAUCAAAUGUCUUCAGUAGCUGAAGCUUCCUCUUCAACGUACCAACAGGCCAGUGGUCAUCAACUUCCAUCAACACCGAACUCGUUGGUCACCAUGAUGGGUUCAAAUUCUGGAAACUCAAAUCCAGCGUCCGAACAAUUAGCUUCGGCGGAUCUACCGAUUAGCUCGGUAUCUCCGGUUCAACAGCAACAACAACAGCAAGCGAGUCAGGGAAACUCUUCGCCAACGUGGAAUCUUCCGAUUUCUAGCGGAGGAAGAGUUGGACUCCCGAGUCCACCAACGAGUUUGCAGCAGUCUCAUGCUCACGCACAUCCUCAUCAAGCUUUCGCUAGUCAUUAUAGCGCUCAAGGUUUUCAACAACCACCCAGACCUGCUCCUCAUCAACCGUUUUAUAGUUGGUAUUGAGGAGAUUAGGAAUUUUGAGGAUUUAAGGACAAAAACUAAUGGAAUUAGAAGUGCAAUUGAAAGUACCUCAUUAACACGUUGACUGUCACGACACCCGUAUUCGUGUGUCAGCAAAGAUUCUGUUCAGGCCACGUAAUCCAUAUUCGGGUGUCGCUUAUUUGAUUACUUACGAAGGAUCGUCGUAGGUAUAUGAAAAGAUAUUCCAUAAUAAUAAAUUGUUCAUUAAUAAUUAAUUGUAUUGAUAGUUGAAUUGUUAUAAACUAAAAAUACGAAUGUGGCGGCACUUGACAACAAAUACUCGACACUAACUUCUACCGGAUGACGAUAACGCAGUGGUUAGCGCCUUAGGUUACGAACGUUCGGGAACCGAGUCGAGUCCCGGCGCCCGUAGUCCGAUUUUUCUUCCACGCAUAUAAAUUAGAAGAAAAAUAACAGUACCCCCAGCAGGCGUCAUCUACAGCCAGCAGCUAAAAUUAUCACGAACAACACUUACACCUCACGAAAAUUGUGUUUUUUAACAUAAUUAUUUAGAAUGUAAAACUUUAAAGCAUUCUAUACAUAGCUGAGGUUGGUCGGGACAAUUUGGACAAUAAGUUGUUGUUUUUUUCUUUCUUUUCUUUCUUUUCACAAAUUCUUUUGUGCCUUUGUUCGGCCCAUUCGACAUCUUUUAUUUGCGCAUCUAAUGCUUCUUCCGGAAUCAUUUUUCCGAACGGCGAUGUUCUGUUGAUUCCGUCGAAGACGGAUUUUUUUCGAAGGAUUUUUUGUAUUUUCAAACAAUCCUAAUAAUUUUGUAAUAAUUGUCUAAAUAUUUUAAUAUUUAUAUUUUUUCUUGAUGCAAUUUUGUAAAUCGUCUAAACAUUUACAACAGAAAUUCCCAGAAAGAAUUGAAUGCCAAGUUUUCUGUACCACUUGAUUCUUCAUACAGGAUAUAACCUUACAAACACGAAGAUGGUACCCCGCUGGGGGUAGCCACUCACAUGAUAAUCGAACAGCUAAAAAAUCCCACCAAAUGUCCUAAUUGGACAAAUUAUAAGUGUGAAAUAUUAAAUAAAAAAAAAAUUUGGUUCCUUUUCUAAUUAUGAUGGCAUAAGAAACCAUUUGGUCGGAAUAAUCUAUACCACACUUUCCUUCAUCAUAUUCAACAACAGCUAGUGGUUUUAGCAUUGCGAACAAAUGAAACGAAAGAUCAUUCUUGAGAUCAUCACUUGAGCGAUUCGCGUUAUUAAAAUAUCGAUGGGAGCACUUAGCAGAGAACGCUUGGUACUGCUGUAUGCGUGGCCUGACAGAGAUUUCUUUGAAAACACGCGUGGCAGUUAAACAUUUGGAUGAACGAAUGCGUAUGCGUAAACGAAUACGAAAUAUUCUCUCUUCUUUUUCUUGUUAUAUAAUUGUUGGUUGUAAUAG